GCUUGCAGCGGUGCACACAGGGAGUCACCAUGGAGGGCGGCUUCACGGGCGGGGACGCGUACCAGCAGCACUUCAUGCCCAGGGACUACCUGCUCACCUACUACAACUUCUCCGCGGGGCCCUCGCCCGAGGUGGAGAUGCUCCAAUUCAACCUGGAGUGUCUCCACAAGACCUUCGGCAGCGGUGGUCUCCGCGGGGAGACCCUCAUCGACAUCGGCUCGGGCCCCACCAUCUACCAACUGCUGGCUGCCUGCGAGGCCUUCCAGGACAUCACCAUGUCAGACUUCACGGACCGCAACCGUGAGGAGCUGCUGAGGUGGCUGAAGAAGGACCCUGGGGCUUUUGACUGGACCCCGGCCGUGAAGAUGGCCUGCGAGCUGGAGGGCAACAGUGGCCAGUGGAAGGAGAAGGAGGAGAAGUUGCGGGCGACGGUGAAGCGGGUUCUCAAGUGCGAUGCCAACCUGGCCAACCCACUGGCACCCGUGGUGCUGCCUCCGGCCGACUGCGUGCUCACGCUGCUGGCCAUGGAGUGUGCCUGCUGCAGCCUGGAGGCCUACCGCGCGGGGCUGGCCCACCUGGCCUCGCUCCUCAAGCCUGGAGGCCACCUGGUGACCACGGUCACGCUCCGGCUCUCCUCCUACAUGGUGGGGAAGCGGGAAUUCUCCUGCGUGUCCUUGGAGAAGGAGGAGGUAGAGCAGGCUGUCUUGGCCGCUGGCUUGGAGAUCACACAACUCAUUCACAGCCCUAAGAGCUACACACCCGCUAGUGCCCCUAACACCGGGGUCUGCUUCAUUGUGGCCCGCAAGAAGUAGCUGCACAAGCUGGGGAGGCCCUGCCAGGCUCAGUGUACCUUGCAUCCUUGUGCCAGAGCUGGGAGCAAAAUAAGGUAGUGUAGGGGCUUUGCCUUCCCCCACUGACCCCUCUUGUCAGAGCCCUGGGGCUCUUACACACACCCAUAGACUGCCCUUAUCAUCGUAGAUGCUUCUACAAGUCCAGAGAGGACGAGCCUUUCUCUGCUGCAGCCCUCAGCUCCCUCACAUACAAGUUCCCUGCACAAUCCACAGACCUGGGUUCAGAAUUCGGAUCCGGAAUUGAAAGUCAGGAAGCUUCUAUCCCAGUGUAUUCCCUGACUGUUUCUCCGUUCCAACGUUGCUUCCUUCCCAAGGUCCCUUCCUGGAAGCCCCUUAGUUUUGGACCUGGAUGCCCCACUUUUUCGAUUUUCACCUUUGGCAUACCUUGGAGACCGUAUGACACUGGUGGAAAAAAAACGUUGCUUUGGACAGUGGAGUGUUGGUACCUGUCCCACCAGCAAUCAAACAUGUUUCUUUU